AUGUGUGACCGGAUAGUGUAUGUGUACUCUAACCUGUGCUCUGUUCCCUGGGUGGGCACUGCAGCAGCUACACCCAGACCGGGCAUCUCUACAGAAGUAGUGGCUCCCGUUUCUCCUCCUACACCUGGUCACUACCAUGUCCUCUACCGCGGGUGUGGAGAAACGCAGUUGGGCCGGCAUGGGGAGACAUACUGCCUGGUUGGUGGCUACCGGGCCUACGGCGAUGUUCCUUUGGCCACGCCAGCAAAGGUGGAAGCAGAGAAGCCAGUCCCCAGACGUGCUCCCAAGAGAAAGCACUCUCCGGAAAUGCCGGACGAAGACCUGGGUUGCUCCAGACCCAAAAUCCGGCGAUUGUAA